AUGAUUAGCGCCACGUUUUGGAUUGAACUUUUUGCGGCGAUGACUCGACCCGUCUUUGCACAACCAACACUCACUAAAGAGGGGAAAUGCCAGUUUCAGAAGGUGAAACCGUUCGAGCGUUGCGUCGUGGAAAGAGCCAUCUACGAAUUACAGUUGGCUGAUGAUCGACAGUAUGAUAUUCAUGAUGGAGCAUGCCAAAGAUCCCUCUCAGUCCAUCGUCUCCCCUCCACCAAUCUGCUGCUCCUUUCGUUCGAUUCCCCCUGUGGAUUCCGUUCUCCUACAGUACGCCCGAAACCCUACAAACCCAAGAAAGUUGAUGGUUGCUCUGUAAUCAGCUCGCGAUAUCGACGAAAACCCGCUGGCAUUGACUAUCGAGAAGUAUACGAUAUUGUGGGCGGCAAUGAGUGCGAAAUGUCGGCAUCAAAUACAUCGAAUUACUCGGCAAUUCUCACUUUAUUUAGCAUGCUAAUUCUCUUCAAAAUAUUU